AUGACUUCAGUUCCAAUUCUACCCUCUUCAAAUUGGCAAAAACUUAAAUCCAAAAUUGUUAAAGAAACCACUAAAACUAAUAAAAAUAAACGAAAGCGUAAUGAAACGGAACACAAAUCAAAUAAAAGUGUGAAAACCAGUUCAAAUGGUUCGGCAACAAAAGUUAGAACGACUCAAAUAAGUGAUUUAUGGUUCGAUGAUAUUAAAAAAAGUGGAUUUAAUCAAAUGAGUGAAUACUCUUCAAGAGAAAGUUCUUUAGUAUCAGAAGUUUCCUCUACAAAUAAUAAAACAAAAAUUGGGAAAUAUGUUGCAAUUGAUUGUGAAAUGGUUGGAGUUGGACCUGGUGGAAUUCAAUCGGCUCUUGCAAAAGUGACGAUAGUAAAUUACUAUGGUGUGAUCAUAUUAGAUAAAUAUGUUAGACCUAUAGAAAGAGUUACGGACUUUAGAACUGAAAUUAGUGGAAUUACACCAAAAUUAUUAGUAAAUUCACAUGAUUUUAAACAAGUCCAACAAGAAGUUUACAACAUAAUUAAAGAUAGAAUAGUAGUUGGACACGCUCUUCACCAUGAUUUUAAAAUGUUAAUGCUAGACCAUCCACGCAAGAUGAUACGUGAUACUUCGUUAUAUAAACCAUUUCGUCAAAUUACUAAGGGAAAAACACCUUCAUUAAAACGUCUUGCAAGUGAAGAAUUAGGAAUGACAAUUCAAACGGGAAGACACUCCUCAGUUGAAGAUGCACAAGUUUGCAUGAUGUUAUAUCGUAAACAUAAAGAACAAUGGGAACAACGAGAUUUUAUAAAAAAAUCCAUUAAUGUGAAAUAA